AUGAAGAAUGAAGCUCAAAAGGCUCUGUUUGAUUACUUGCAUAAUACUAGAACUCUUAGUUUUCUUGAUGCAGAGCAUAUAAGUAAGAAUUCCCCUCGUUAUGUUUCGGCUUUGUUGUCAAAGAUUGAUACUAGGAACGAGGAUAUAGCCCGGUCAUUGAGUAAGUUUCUAAGGUACAAUCCCAUCAAUGAGUUUGAACCGUUUUUCGAGAGUUUGGGUUUGCGUCCAUCUGAGAUUUCGAGUUUUCUUCGACGGGAUUUGGUGCUUUUGAGUGAUGACAGUGUCAUGUUUGAGAAUUUCCAUGUUCUUUGCUGUUACGGGAUUCCUCGUAGCAAGAUUGGCCGUAUCUUUAAAGAAGCAAGAGAGGUUUUCAGAUACGAGAAUGGGGUUUUGGCAUCGAAACUUGGAGCUUAUGAGAGCUUGGGUCUUAGCAAGCCUACAGUCAUUAAGCUUGUUACUUGUUGCCCGUUGCUUCUGGUCGGUGGUAUUGAUAAUAGUGAAUUUGUUUCUGUAGUCAAUAAGUUAAAGGAUUUAAACAUAGGAUGUGAUUGGCUUGGGCGGUAUUUAUCGGAUAGAAAAACAUAUAACUGGCACCGGAUUUUUGAGACAAUGGAGCUCCUUGAUAAGGUGGGAUAUAAAGAGGAGAAGUUGAGUAGUCUUUUGAAAACAUUUCCAGAUCUGGUGGGUGAAACUUCUGGGAAUAAAGCUUAUCAUAUGUUUGAUAAGUUUCAUAAAGUGGGACUUCAGAUGAAAGAAAUCGAUAAAUUAGUGAUAGACCACCCAGAGAUGUUGUUAGAUAAAUCUGUGAAAAGAAUUUUGGAGGCGUUGAACUUGAUGAUGCGUAUCAGAUUGGAAAAGCAGUUUAUCGUUAUGAUAUUACGGCAGCACAUGAAGCUUAUCUGUUCAUCCUCUCUGGUAGGACCUAGAGCUGUUUUGACUAGAUUGAAUAUCGGAAGAGACGAGUUAUGUCGGAUCAUAAAGGAAGAGCCUUUGAGAUUAUUCAGUUUAGCUUCUAAAAUAGAAAAUAGGAGAAUCGAACUUGAUUCAUUGGAUUUGAGGAACGCAGAGAAGACGGCAUUCUUGUUGAGGCUAGGGUAUGUAGAGAACUCCGAUGAGAUGAUGCUGGCUCUGAAAAGGUUCAAAGGGAGAGGAGAUGAGCUACGAGAGAGAUUUGAUUGCCUUGUGAAAGCUGGGUUGGACUACAAUGUGGUUACCGAGGUUGUGAAGCGGGCUCCUCAUAUUCUUAACCGGUCUAAAGAUAUCAUAGAAAAGAAGAUCAAUAUCCUUACAGAUUAUUUGGGUUAUCCAAUUGAAUCCUUAAUAGAAUCCCCUACAUAUUUGUGUUAUAGUAUGGAGAGAAUACAGCAGAGAUUCUCAAUGUAUAUUUGGUUGAUGGAAAGAGAGGCAGUAAUGCCGAGGCUUACGGUAGGCACUAUUAUUGGUAUUUCUAAUACCCGGUUUAUGUCAUACUUUGUCUGUACUCACCCUGAAGGUCCAGCCAAAUGGGAAAGUAUAAAGAAAGGAUCUACCUGA